AUUCUCCCCGCUUCCUCUCCUAUGAAGGAAAGGAAAAGCACAAGAAAGAAAGAUACAAAGUGUGAAUUAAGUAAGAAGAAGGUUCUCAUAGAGCUAGUGGUGGUGCAUGUGCCUAAACUGAUUAGAGCUCUAACCUCAUAUUCCUUAGAUUUGCCUAUAUAACUCACACAACUUCUUCAUAUACUCCUUCCCUCUUCAUUUUGCUCUCUCUUCUUCCCUUCAAGAGUCCUCUGUGGUCUCCCUUUCCCUGUUCUAUUAUCUCUUUGCCCAUUUGUUAGACAUGGGGGAGUCCAAACAGGAAGAGGCUAAGGUCGAGGCUCAGCCAGAGGCUAAACCAGUAGAGGAGAAGAAAGAAGAGAAGACAGAGGAGAAGAAAGAAGAGAAGAAAGAGGAGAUCAAUGUACAAGUUCCUACCAUCUUGUGGGUAGAUUUGCAUUGCGUUGGCUGUGCCAAGAAAGUAGAGAGAUCCAUUAGGAACUUCAGAGGGGUAGAAGAGGUGGAGCUAGACAUGAAUGAGAAUCAAGUGAGAGUGAAGGGUAUAGUGGACCCUCAGGCACUUUGUUUGAGAAUUCAGAGGAAGACAAAGAGAAGAGUGAGACUUUUGUCUCCACUCCCCAAACCUGAGGAAAAUAACUCAGCACCUGAAGUCAUCACCUCAAAGGUGAGUAGGAUGACGACUGUGGAGUUAAAUGUGAACAUGCACUGCGAAGCAUGCUCUCAGCAACUGAAGAAGAAGAUACUCAAGAUGAGAGGGGUACAGACAGUUGAGACCGACCUAGAGAGUGGUAAAGUGACAGUGAUCGGCACCAUGAACGCCGAAAGGCUCGUGGAGUACGUUUAUAGACGCACGAAAAAACUAGCAAGCAUUGUCCCUCAACCCCCAAAAGAAGAAGAAAAGAAAGAAGAAACACCGGCAGCACCACCACCACCGCCACAGCCAUCAGACCAAGAAGAGAAAAAGGAAGAAAAUGGGGAAAAAAAGGAGGUUGGAAAACCAGAAAAUGGUGAUAAUAAAGAAAAAGAGAGCGAUAAAAAUGAGAAUAGUAAUGAGAAAAAUGGCGAUGAAAAGAAGGCCGAAGAAGGGGAAAAGAACGAAGCAGAGGGAAAUAAUAAUAAUAAUAAUAAUAAUGAAGAUGGGGCUAAGAAGAUGGUGGUGUGGCCCCCACUUUACGUUAUGGAGCACGUGCCAGCCCCACAGAUUUUCAGUGACGAAAACCCUAAUGCUUGUUGUAUUACGUAAACCCAUUAUAUAAUAAAGUUAAGUAUCAUGGAUGCCUGUACCAUGCAAGUUGUAGUGCCAUAUUAAUACGAUGAUAAUAGUUUAAAAUGUUUGCCUCGGAUCGUGAUGUUGAUUUA